AUGUCGUUCUCUCAGUUUGGAUAUCCGUACAGCAGCAACUCUCAGUUUUUGGUCACUACAAAUCAUAGCACAUGCUAUGAUUCUGCACCCAGAUCUCUGUCUGAUGUUCCUACUGCCACUGGCCAAACGCCGGCCAUCUGCUGUCCAUCAUAUGAGAACAGGUUGCUGGUCAGCACCCGAACUGAUCUCAAUGCGGCCCUGGGAGUGUAUAGCCCACCUUAUGCUUCUAGCAGUUCAAGUUAUGCCAGUUACCUACCCUACAACACUGAACCGCCUACACUCUACUCCAGCCUGACCCCCCAGUAUGAAAUGAAGGAUGGAACCAGCUCUUUGCACCAUGGGAUAGCUCAGCCGGCUGCAUUCUACCCAUAUGAUCAUUCCUUGGGGCAGUACCAAUACGACAGGUUUGGAGCGGUGGAUUUCACAGGCUCUGCCAGGCGGAAAAAUGCAACCAGGGAGACCACUAGUACCCUGAAAACAUGGCUGUAUGAGCACAGGAAGAAUCCUUACCCCACCAAGGGUGAAAAGAUCAUGCUGGCCAUCAUCACCAAGAUGACCCUCACUCAAGUGUCCACUUGGUUUGCCAAUGCCAGAAGGAGACUUAAAAAGGAAAAUAAAAUGACUUGGUCUCCAAAAAAUAAAGCUGUAGAUGAGAGAAAAGAAGAGGCUGAUGAUGUCACUGAUAAAUUAAGCAAAGAUGAGAAGAACCUCAGACUGAAUGAUCUUGAGGAUAUAGAAGAUGAAGAAUCCCAAGACUUGGACAGUAACCCAAAGAACAAGAAUGGGCUUCUCCCAGGGGACAAAUCUAGCGCCUACAGGUCAGAUGUCAGUGCUUGUAGCCAGACACAAUCUGACGACUUUCCAUGUAACAAAUCCAAUUCAGAAUAUUUUUUAGGGCUUAUGGUGGACAAAACUAAUCUACGCGAACAGGAUGAUCAUUUGGCAACCUGUGAAAGCACAGAAAAACCCAGAAUAUGGUCUUUAGCUCAUACAGCUGGUGCCAGUGUUACAAUUGAUGGUGAAAAUGGUGACAAGAAAUCAGUGAGCCCAGACUGCCUUUUUGUAAGAAGAAGAUAUUCAGCCAAUGGUUUGUGCAGUGAAGUUAGGGCCGUGCAUAGUAUAAAGGCACAAACUCAAAUGGAAGAAAUGUCCCAGCCAUCCAAAAUAUUCAGAACUUCAACUUUCAACUUACAAUCUUUCCAGCUCAGCUGCUCAUAUCCUGUUCUAGGGGACACAUGUCAAUAUUCUUCUGACUCCGAAGGGUUUGGAAAGGCCAUAAAAAAUAGCCAAGAAGCAGUAGAUACCAUACAAGCAGGUCUGGUACAAGACAAAGAUUUUCUGAGGACAGCAUUCCGGCCAGUGAUGAAGAGGUUGGCCAGUUUCUAUGAAUUGUUGGAGAAUUCUAAAUUUCCUUGA